AAAAAAAAAAAAAAAAAAAAAAAAAAAAAAAAAAAACAUUUAAUUGGCAUUUCAUCUACAUCGGUUACGCUUCAUGGGGGGCUUAACAUUAAGUGAGACGUGUCAGAAGAACUUGGUGAAAGCUUUUGAAUAGGCAAACUGCAUUCAGACUUUUAAAGAAAGACACUAAUACGUUUGGACGUUGAGACUUUGGGAGACAUGCUGUAUAUUACAAUUUCCCGUCCAUAUAUGUAAGUAAAAAAAAAAAAAAAAAAAAGGACUAUUGCUUUGUUGUUUUACGUCAUGUCUCUGUAACUGACCACGUUCAACACUUUGCGAACGAGCCACUUGAUCUGCUUUCUAAAUCCCUGGUGAAGCACUGGAAGCGUGCUUUCACUUUGCAGCAGAACAUUUCUGGAUUUCUGACAAAAAAAUUAACAAUGGACAUUAAAACUAAUUCAGGAAGCACAUCAAGACCCUUUCAAGUAAAAACAUUAUUCAGUCAGGAAGAGAAAUCUGGAAAAAAGCAGGUGACGUAUAGAAUUCCAGCUCUCAUCUAUAUCAGUGAUGAUAAAACCUUCCUUGCCUUUGCUGAAAAGCGGAGAACAGCAGAUGACACGGAUGCAGAUGUCCUUGUGAUGAGAAAAGGAUCGUGGAAGGAUGGAGCAGUUGAGUGGGACAGUGGUCAUCAGAUGCUCACUUUAGCUUGUCUACCAAACUACCGUAGCAUGAAUCCAUGUCCAGUCUAUGAGAGAACCUCCAAGACCCUGUUUCUGUUUUUUAUCUGUGUUCCCUAUGGAGUCUCUGAAAUUAAACAAAUAAAUGAAAGAAAGAAUCAGGCACGACUUUGUUAUAUUACCAGUAGUGACACUGGCAAAACCUGGAGCCAUAUUAUAGACUUGACAACAGAUGUGAUUGGUGACCAGGUGAAGGACUGGGCCACCUUUGCUGUUGGGCCAGGACAUGGCAUUCAGAUGCGGAGUGGAAGACUGAUAAUCCCAGCCUAUGUGUAUCAUUGCCAUGCGAAUAAUAAGCCCGCCACUCAUGCGUUCACAUUCUACAGCGAUGACCAUGGCAGCACUUGGCAUGUGGGAAAACAUGUGGAGGGUGAGUCUUGUGAGUGUGAGAUGGCUGAGAUCAUAGACCAUGAAGGGAAGAGUCAUUUGUACUGCAAUGCACGCAGUAAGUCUGGCCACAGAGUUGAGAUUCUGAGCAAGAGUGCUGAAGAAGCUUUCCAGAAACCUUCAUCUGUACAUAAGCUGACAGAGACCGGAGGUGGUUGCCAAGGUAGUGUGUUGAGUUUUGCUCCUGAUCAGGGAUCUGAAAACACAUGGUUACUCUACUGCCAUCCAACCAAUCCAAAACAGAGAAAGAGCCUUGGCGUCUACUUGAAUAAAUCUCCGUGGGAUGCUUCGGGUUGGGAAGACCAUAAAUUGAUAAUCCAUCAUGGUCCCAGUGGAUACUCAGACCUGGCUCAGUGUGGUGAUGGAGAACACUUUGCUUGUCUCAUGGAGUGCGGAGUAAAAAGUGAGGUUGAAGAGAUAGCCUUUGUCGUUUUUAAACUCAGCGAUAUCAUUCAGGACAAGGACACUGAAUGAGACAGAAAAACAAGGCAUUCCUAAAAGUUAAAAAUUUCUAUCAGUCAACAAACAACUAAAUAACUGCUAAUUAACAAAAUAAUGGACAAGUGCUUGAAACUCACUAAAAUCUGACAUUAUUAGGGAAUCAGUGAAAUAGUGUGGGGUGGGAGUGCUUUAAAAUUGGGGUUUGUAUUAGGAUUUAUGUUAACGGUGCACUAAGUAACUUUUGUCUUUGUGUCAUCUUGGACUAACACUGACACCUAACGGCUUGGAUGCAGCAUCAUUUAAAACCAAUAGUUUUCAGUCAUUGUAGAAAUUUAGUAUUCACAGUCAGACAUGAUUACUUUAAUCAAUGAGUGAAAGUGUCAAAUAACAGGAUGGUUAUUGAUUCUAACAUGGCAGCCCCCAUGUGCGGACCCUCUCCAUGUAGAAUAAAACAACUUUUAUAAGGGUACUGAUAUGACAUUUUAAUGUGAUUGGUCAUGAUUUCCUACAUACGUAUUUUGCAAAAUUAUAAUUCAUGUCUUUAGGAGUUAAACUUUUUAAUUAGGAGAACAUUACUGAGUGCACCUUUAAGUUUGGAUCUUUCUUCAGCAGUAAAAGGCAACAUAGUCUCAUGACAGCUCUAAAUAAUUUGUACGAGAUGGCAAAAUUGUAAGAUGUCGUACAACUUGGCUUGUAUGAAAAGGUAUGACUCUUAUUCCCAUAGAGACCAACCAAUCAACAAACAGAAUUCCAAAUAGACACAAUUCAGGUAUCAAAUUCUAGCUAGCCUCCUAUUCAACACUUCAUUUUAAGACAGGAAAUAUCUGUGAACAUAUUUGGUUACAAAUUCAUAUUUAUUAAUGCAAUACAUGACUGAUGUCAAUAAUCUGUAGUACGCUUUUUUCGUCUCGUUCCAAACACUGAUAUUUUCUUUCUUCCGUGGUAUACAAAAGUUAUUUUCCUUUUAAAAUUUUGGGUAAGGGGUAAGACUUUAUAAUUAUGUUUACAGUAGGUUUACACUACCAUUCAAAAGUUUAGGGUCACUUACUCAUUCUUUAUUUAGUUUUUUUUUUUUUUUUCACAUUUUAGAAUAAUAGUAAAGUCAUCACAACUAUGGAAUAAUAGAAAUGGAAAUAUGGGAAUUAUGUUGUGACAAACAAAAUCCCAAAUAAAUCAAAACUAUGUUAUAUUUUAGCAUCUUCAAAGUGGCCACACUUUGCCUAGAUUUUGCAGAAAUUUACUCUUGGCAUUUUCUCAACCAAUUUCUUGAGGUAUCACCCUGGGAUGCUUUUUAAACAGUAUUGAAGGAGUUCCCAUCUAUUUUGGGCAUUUAGUGGCUGCUUUUCUUUAUUAUUUGGUGCAAGUCAUCCAUUUCAAAAACAAUUCUUUUUUUUUUUUUAAAUAAAAUGUUAGUUUUGUAAUUAAAUUAAUAUGUUGGCACAAUUACAUUUUUGUCUACAAAACUAAUUUCAAACAUUUAAGCGUACACCUUCAGAUCAAAAGGUUUUUAAGAUCAUGAGAAACAUUUCAGACAAGUGACCCCAAACUUUUGAAUGGAAGUGUAGGUUUGGGGUUAAACUUGCGUAAAAACUCUUGUUUAAAACCCUGAUAUUUCUCUUUCUUCUGUGCUACACAACAGUGAUUUUACUAUUACAAUUAUGGUUUGGUUUAGGUUUGGGGUUGUGGUUAAAUUUAGAAAAAAUCGUAACAGCAUCGUUCGUUGGUUUGUUUAUUUAUCUCAGUGGGAGUAAAAGUAAUAUGUUUUUGUAUGAACCAUCUAGAAUGAUUUCUCACAACUUUGCCUUCUCAUACUUUUAUUAAAAUUUGUCAUGAGACCAGGUUGGUAAAACUGGUCACACACCUUUUGAAAUUAAGAAAUGGCUCUGAGCAGAGCAAAUUUUGCUUGUGAGCCACUUCUAAUUAAAACUCUUUUUUUUUCUGGCCUAACAGGUUUCUAUUUAACAUUGACAUAUGCUGGUUUAAGGUUUAUAAAAUUUUAUACAGUAUAAAUUGUCACCUUUCAUUCCUUCUGUUCUAGGAUGCUUAAUAUUUAUCCAUUUCUACAGAUGGAGUGCUGAAUUUUUAAAAAACAACCUGUGUUUGUUGUGUGUGUAGCUUCAAGAGAGCAAACAUACAUGUGUUGUUCUUCAUUUAUGAUGUUUAUAUUAUAUUAUCUUCUAAUAUUUACUAAUUUAUCCAUUCAUCUUUACUUGUGAUUAUACUGCUCUUGCUAUGUUUUGCUUUUGCUGUUUAAUCAUAUGUUGUGAGUUGUAUUAUUAGAGAUAAGGGGUUGUCUCCAUUUCAAGGUCGUCAACAUCACAAGACAAUGUUGAGAAGCAGUCAUUCCCCAUUUGCAUUUGCUUGGUAUAAUAACACUUGUUGAAUAUGGGUUGGUCAAAUGAAGUCAGACUGAGUAUUGAGAAAGAUGCUACUAAGAUAAUUCAAUAAACUCUGCUUAUUUUUUCCCCAUCAA